AUAAUGCACAGAGCUGGGACCAGUGCUGGAUCUGUGAGAGAAGCUGUCAGAGACCUGCGCUCCAGUGAGGGACCCCUUUGUCCCAGCAUCAGCCUGGUUUCCCAGCUGGGGCUGUCAAGAAGGCUUUCACCCACCAGAAUGGGGACGUGCUGGUGGGACGCGAGAUGCGAAGGGUUGUCCUUGAGCUGACUGGGGAUGCUGCCCUGAAUGAGGAUGGACUGGGCAGAGAGGGAAGGGGGUGCUGGAAAGGAUGGCCGACGAGCGCUGAGCAUGUCAAGGAGGGCUGAUGGGGUGGCAGAGGCUGGGGGGCUGGAGCAGUGUUCCCCACCCCAGACCUUGGAGAUGAUAAAUGAGCGGAAAGCUGGAGUGGGGCUGGGUGGGAGAAGGAGUGGAAGGAAUGUGGUAUUGGUAACCAGGCUGGCAUUAAAAAUGGAACAGAGUAUAACGAAAUAUUAAUAAUACUGUAAAAAGAAAUGGGUUAAGCUUUGCAGACUGUCACCAAAGGGGAGGAACACCUUUGGAGUACAUCUAAAGUCACGCUGGCCAAAUACAGCGGAUCCCGUUAAGGAUGACUUGGAGGCCUGACUCGCGAGGGUCUUCUCGGAGCAUGUCAGAUGACGCAAAGGACGGACCUCAAACCCAGUCUUCUCACAAUUCUGCUCUGCAGUUGCGACUGAAUGGUACAGCAGCCAGGCAGGAGAUCGUUCUAGGCUGCCUUGCUGGGCAGUACGAGCACCUUCUCCCAGCACUCCUCCCCCUGUGCAGAGCACCCCAUGGCCAGCCCCAGGGAAGCUCACCACGCCGGGAUGUAUGAUGUUUUUCAGAAGAAUCCAGGUGUGGAUGGCAAGAGAAAUGCAAAUGCCGCAGACGCUAAGGAUUUCCAGAAGUACGGCAUAGAAGGUGCUACGGUGGUCUUGGGCUCCGUGCUGCUUGGCAUGGUCUUGUGUUGCGUGGUCCGUCUGUGGAGGAAGAGAAGACGGCGCCUCGCCGCAGCUUCGCAAGCCUGGCCGGACACCAGCAGCUACCCCUCACGCCCAGACAACUGGACCUCCCACCAAAGCACCCCCGAGAGCCGGACCCGACGCCAACAGCCACCGCCUGUGCCUGGAAAACCGGCCCGCCUGCCAUGGAGCACCGAGGGACAGGCCCGCGCCAGCCCGGCCAGCCACCCGGCCCGCCCGCCCCCAGCAAGGCCCCAGUGGCUUUCCUACUCACCCAGCCGGCUGUUGUGGGACCAGCCCAGUGCCCUCCAGGACCCAGAGGAACUGAAACCGUCCGCCCACCCUGCAAGCGCAUGGCCCCGAUCCUCCUGCAAGAGGUUGAGGUGGCCCCAGCAGGCGUGCAGGGGGGCAGACGGUGGAGAGCGGACCGGGCACGCAGCUUUCCUUCUGGACACCAGCCUUAGGCAGCCGCAGAAGAAGCGAUGCAAGCAGGAGCCCACGGAGGAGGCGAUGCUGAGCCUGCCCGGCCAGCCUGCAGAUGCCUCCCGUGCACCUGCCCGGGUUAGCUGGCUGGUGCUGGCUGGUGCAGAGGAGCUGCUGUCCUCUGGAGAGUCCUCCAUGCCCACCGCCAUGUCCUGCAAAGAGAGCUGUGCAAAGGUCCUGCCCUUUCCUCCUGAAAGGACCUGA